UGGUUUGGCAAAAACCGAAUUGUAAAGAUCUACAAAGUACUUUGGAAAAUGUUAUUGGUUCAAAUGUUGUUGCACAAAUGACCAGAGUGGAUCAUAAUAAUGAAUUAAAUAACAUUCAACUUACAGCUUAUAUUCCUACCUCAUCAGUAACAAGACAUUACAGAAAAUCAAAUGAUCGUUGUUUCAUUUAUGUCAACAAUCGACCGAUUCGCAACAAGGAGAUUGAAAAAAUCAUUAAACAACACACUGGAGCAGAUUCAUCAAGCAGUCCAAUGAAAUGGCCAGUUUUCUUUCUUUCUUAGCAUUGAGAUUCCCUUGGACAGAGUGGAUUCAAUACGUUGAAUCAGAUAAAUGGCGAGUUCUUAUCAGUGAUAAGGAAUUAGUGAUCAAAGCAAUAGAUAAUAUGUUAUCUGAGGCCUACUCAACAAUCAUAAUAAAUGAUAAAGACGAUGAGAAAGAGAAUCUUGUUGAAGAUGCUGAAAUUAGUAUUCAAGAACACACUGAUCACAAUAUCAAACAAAUGGGAAAAACUGAUGACGAUUCUCCUCCAAUCUCAAAUUCUCAUCUGCAAAAUACAUCAACCUGUUCUGAUAGGUCGAAUCCUAUUUCUGAAAGUCCUAUUGCCUCAGACUGGAGUAAAGGACAUGCUGUUGUAGAUGAUGAUGGUUCAACAAUUCAACCUGUCAGAGUGUUAGCUGGAACUCAUGGUAAACAAGCCAUGGCCAACAAAAAUAAUUGCAAUGAUAAACUUGAUAUUUCUUCAAAACCAAUCUGUGACGUUUCAAAUCUGUUCAAUAAUACUUCGUCAUGCAGCGAGCUAGAUGAAACAACUGUGCCAAUUGAAACCCAAGAAAAGCCUGUAAAGAUGAAACAGUCUAAUUUGAACAUGAGUGGAUUCAAAGCAUUCACGUCAACACCAUCACCUUUAAGAAGUUCAUAUCGAAAAACAAACCCUAGUCCUAUCAUUACACCAUCAAGAAAAAGGAAAGCACCUGAUAAACAUACCGACGACAUACGAAAUGCAUCGCUAAUAACAGAAUGGGCAUCGAUAUUGGAAGCAAAAAUCCUAAAAUGACGAAUUGCAUUGGUGAUGAAGAAUUACGAUAUCUGGAAGGACAGGAAAUCAAUUUGAAAUAUGAUUUCUCGGAAAUGAAAGAGAAUUUGUCAUUCAAAGAGGAUUACAAAUUUGCAGAACGAAAUCCAUACUCAUCAAUUGGAACUUUAAAAGAUGUAAAAGCAGGAGUUUUGUUGGACAAUAUAAAUCAUAAAUUACUGCUGGUCAAUCUACUAAGAUUACAAGAAUCAAAAGUAUUUUGGAGCCUCAUGGAGAAUCAUACAUUACAAAUGAGAGAACUUCUCAUCCUAUACUUCUAUCACUCUCUUCCCUCACAAAAGAGGAGAUGGCAGGAUUUGAAAGACUUGAAUUUUCAACACCUGAUUUAUUAAAUCCUGAUAUUGAAUGCAUUGAUGAAAGAAUUUGUAAAAAUGGAUUCAAGAUGAAAAUUUUUGAAGAGUGCGAUGGGACAAAAAUGCUACGUAUUUGUGAAAUGUCCAAUGCAAUUCCAUAUUAUAAAGUUGAUGAAUUGAAAAACAUUUUGAGGAAACUUCCGGCAUCUGAAGAAGUAUCACUCCACGAGACUAGACCUUUUAAAGCUGUUCAGUAUUUGCAGGGCGAAGCGGUGCGAAUGUCACAUUCUCUCCCCAUCCACUCAGCAGUUCUAGAGAGCUUGGAAGAUUUGAAAAGACAUUUUUCUAAAGAUUACUCAGUGUGGAAUUGUUUUCAUGGAAAACCGAUUUUUCAAGAACUUUUCACUUUACCUAAUCAUCUAUAAUUUUUGUUUGCUAGUUGAAUGUAUUUGGCGGGAAAUUGUUCUUCCAUCAGUAUUUCGUUGAUCUUUAGUUGGUAUCUUGAUUGAAAUGGAUCAAAAUUUU